AUGCCCGUUCCCUUCGAGGCCCUCCUGCCCUGGGGCAUCAUUGCCACCAUGUUCGGCGUGACUGGUGUUGGUCUUUACUACACCAAGCACCUUGGAAACGAGGGCAAGAAGACCCGCUGGAACAGGGAUCUGUGGGAUAGACAAAUGAUGGAGCGUGACCUCCGCCUUACCGGAACGUGGAGAGGACAGUCCAGUAACCACCAGGCGCCCCCGGGCUUCGAGUUGAGCAACCAAUGGAAGAUCGAGCGACGGAUUUUCUAA